UCCCAGCAAAAUGUCCGAUUACGAAGAUGAAAUGGACGUGGAUGCUCCGUCCAAGAGCACAAUCCAAUUCAGCUCCGAUAAUACCAGUGGGAAAGCUAAGAGAGUUGCGUCAGACCUACCUGUCGAGGCUCAAGAUAAUCUGCCAUGGGUUGAGAAGUACCGACCAAACACUCUCGACGAUGUUUCCGGUCACAAGGACAUCUUAGCCACAAUUAACAAAUUUGUCGAUGCGAAUCGACUACCGCAUCUUCUUCUGUAUGGGCCUCCGGGAACUGGCAAGACAUCUACAAUCCUUGCGCUCGCAAGGCGGAUAUAUGGGAGCAAAAACAUGCGCCAGAUGGUGCUCGAACUGAAUGCCAGUGACGAUCGAGGCAUUGAUGUUGUCCGAGAACAAAUUAAGACCUUUGCGAGCACGAAACAGAUCUUCUCCAUGGCCCCCCAACCGACCUCCGGUGGAUCAUCACUCGCAUCGUACAAGUUGAUCAUCCUUGACGAAGCCGACGCCAUGACUGCAACCGCGCAAAUGGCACUCCGUCGGAUUAUGGAGAGAUAUACCGCCAACACGAGAUUCUGCAUUAUUGCCAACUAUACCCACAAAUUAUCGCCCGCGCUUCUGUCGCGUUGCACGCGGUUCCGCUUUAGCCCGCUGAAGGAGCAGGAUAUCAGGUCACUGGUUGACCUGGUCAUUGAAAAAGAGCAGGUGAACAUUCAGUCUGAGGCCGUGGACAGCUUGGUCAGGUUAAGUAAGGGUGACAUGCGUCGCGCACUGAAUGUGCUACAAGCGUGCCAUGCAAGCAGCAUACCGCUCCCUGUCAAGAAUGCACCAAAAGACCAACCCCGUCCUGAACCGGAAUUGAUCACAAAUGGAACGAUUUAUGACUGCAUAGCCGCACCGCACCCCGCUGACAUUCAAGAGAUCAUGACUACUCUUCUUGCUACCAGCGACGUCACUUCGUGCCUCAACACCGUGAAUACCUUGAAAUCCAACAAAGGCUUGGCCCUGGCUGAUAUUCUUGCGGCCCUGGGUGAACAGCUGCAGCAGUUAGAAGUCCCUGCACAAACGAGAGUCACCUGGCUGGAGGGACUCGCUGAAAUAGAAUUCCGACUUGCCGGUGGAGGCUCUGAAGCCAUGCAAACCGGUGGUCUGGUUGGAGUUGUACGGAAUGGAUGCGAGCUUAUGGGGGAUAAGGGUGUGUCCAUGGCGAGUUAG